AUGUUACACCUUGCUGAAAGUACCCACUUUGAUUCCAGCUGGCCAGUGCGCAACUGCAAACCAUUUAGCUGCCCAGUAAAUGAGGAAUGGCGUGACUGUGCCGUGCCCUGCGAGCGUAGCUGUGCUUCUCCUGCCCCGCUGUGCCCGGAUAUAUGCCAAUCAGGAAAAUGCCAAUGCAAAGAUGACUACUUUCGGCGCAAUGGCAUGUGCGUGCCUUAUGUACCUGGUUGCAACGGUGUUCCUAUUCAAGGUCCUGGAGGAUAA